AUGGUUCGUAUAGAUUAUGCACCAUGGGGAAUCAACCCUCCUCACACUCACACCAGAGCCACGGAAAUCCUAAUCGUGCUUGAAGGUUCUCAAGUUGGAUUCGUGACCUCCAACCCUGAUAAUAGCCACAUUACUAAAGUUCUUCAAAAGGGUGAUGUUUUUGUUUUCCCGAUAGGACUUGUUCACUACCAACGCAACGUUGGAACCACAAAUACUAUAGCCCUUGCUGCAUUGAGCAGUCAAAAUCCUGGUGUUAUAACCAUUGCAAGUGCUAUUUUUGGAUCAACACCAGUCAUUGCUAAUGAUCUUCUUGCCAAAGCAUUCCAAGUGGAUAAGAGCGUUGUAGAUCAGCUCCAAGCCAACUUUUAG